UUAAAGCUUUCAAAUAUGUUUUUCGCUUUCCCUAGGCCUAUCAUUCGGCGACAGCGAGAAGAUGACGAACGACCAGCCUGUCCGGUGAGAACUCGUUUCGUGCCCCCUCAAGCCGCCCUCAACGACAACUCGGAAUGGAAAUACAUCGUAAAUGUCCAAAAUAAAGAUGCCAGAUUCAAACAAAUCAUCCGAGUAGAUGUCUGCGAGUCCCCAGGACAGCCAUGUACCAGAGAGAUCUCUUUACCUUUUGGUUUUGUGAGUCGCUGCAAACAGAAGUUCAUCAAGAAGAAACUUCUAGCAUUAGACUCAGAUGGUCAAGGCACAUCCGCAGAGAACUUUUUCAUUCCCUCAUGCUGUGUCUGCCACGUGACUAGGACAACCCAAAGACGAUGACAACGACUGCGACAUUACCAAUACGACUGUGAUAUAAAAGUCAAAAAAAAGAAGAUCGAAUUAACUGUUUUAUGAACUGUAGAUUGUUUUUUAUAGAUCUGUUUUUUAUUCGUGAAGAACUUUUGUUCAAUUCAUCCAAUAAGAAAAGACUUUAAGCAGGAUGAAGAACAGAUAUUUUUAUAAUGGAUUGUAGAAUAUAUAUUUGUGUAGAAAUGAUGAAAUAAACUUGUGUUGUCCUUGUAUAUUAA